AUGAACCCGCCGGCGCCCGGCAAGACGGCCGCGCGCUCAUCGGGAUACAACCAGAAAGCGCUCGCCGAAAUAAGAAACUCAUUGCUCCCGUUUGCUAACAUCGGGAGCUCGGAGCCUCCGGGCUCAUCCGCUGCCAGUACUGUUAGUUCGGGAGUCAGUUCUGGCUUUAGUUCCACCUCGGGAAAUGGGCUGGAUAAGGACUUGAGUGUACUACCUCAGUCGUUAAAUCAGCUAAUAGCUCUGGGUUAUGAUGAAGAUCCAGCAGUUAAGGCGCUCAAAUACGCCGGCGGUCGUUUCGACGCGGCACUCGAUUAUCUGUCGAAGAAGCAGGAGCCGCUCAACGGCGUCCUCAAGUCGAGUAACCUGAGCGCGCUCAGCACCAAAUUGAUAAGAAAACCGAGUUUAGAGCGAGAGAUAAACCUCCACCGAGGCAGUCCGGCGCUCGACUCCGGAGCGGGGAGUUCGAGGUCUGACAGUCCGAGGCAGUCGGACGCGCCGCCCCUGCCCCAUGAGAAGCUCAGUCGGCAGUACUCGCCGUCAGGGUUCUCGGAGCCCCCGCCGCCGCCUCCGCCGCGAUGUCCCUCCACGCCGCCCGUGCCGCCCUCGGUGCAGCAGUACAUGAAGAGGAUCUCCCCCGCCCCGCCGCUACCACCGGCUCGGGGCACGAGUCCCGUAGCGGCCGGGGCGCCGACGCCGCCCGCGCGGACGCCCAUGAUCGUCCAGAACGGGCCGCAGGUGCAGCAGCAGCUAACUCAGCAGAUCCAGGCGCUGAGCAUCUACCAGACGGGGCCGACGGGCGCGGAGCUGCCUCCGCCGUACCCUCUGUCGAGCGUCCCUCCACCACCCUCGUACUCCGUGUCCAUGCAGAACCGCCAGAGUCCCACCCAGUCCCAGGACUACAGGAAGAGUCCGUCGUCGGGGAUCUACUCGGUGGGGACGUCGGCGGGGUCCCCGAGCCCCAUCACGGUGACCCAGUCGUCCGGAUCUUCGUCGGGGAUGACGCGGCCGACUCCCAUCCAGGCGUGGACGGCGCGGCAGGCGGUCCAGCCGCCUAUCAUAAUGCAGUCGGUGAAGAGCACGCAGGUCCAGAAGCCGGUGCUGCAGACGGCCAUCGCUCCGGUGGCUCCCCCGCCGGUGGCCGCGGGUCAACCGCCGCCACCGUCCUACGCCAGCUCGAUCCAACAGAAGCAGUCCCAGUCGAAGCCCGGGUACCCCCUCGCGCCGAAGCCGUCGCCCCCGGGCUCCACGCCGCCGGCCACGACCCCCGUCCCUACCACUGAGCCCCCCAGCUACGCCAUCACGAUGCAGGCGCUGGCCGUUCAACGAGGCAUGCACCCCAUCCCUCCGCCGCCCUACGGCAACCAGGCCGAGACGACCACCACCGUCAACUCUCACCAUUCUCCGUUACAUAAAAAGUUUUCUAAUAACUGUGAUGUUAAGGGUGAAUCUUCUCAUAUGGAACUGAAGUGUUCGAAUCAAAACUGUAGUAUGAUGAAAGAUAGUGUUCCGUCCGGUUCAGAUAAGAGUUCCAACGGGUCGACGGAGAGGCGGUCGAAGGGCGCGCCCGACAAGAUCAGGCAUCAGUCGCCGAUACCAGAGAGGAAGAACAUCAGCAAGGAAAAGGAGGACGAGAGGAGAGACUGUAAGGUUAGGAACUACUCCCCGCAGGCCUUCAAGUUCUUCAUGGAGCAACACGUUGAGAACAUUCUCAAGGCGUACAAGCAGCGGACGUACCGAAGGAUGCAGCUGGAGAAAGAAAUGACGAAGAUAGGACUCAGCUCCGAGGCUCAGGACCAGAUGAGGAAGAUGCUGUCACAGAAGGAGUCCAACUACAUCCGGCUGAAGAGGGCCAAGAUGGACAAGUCCAUGUUCGACAAGAUCAAACCGAUAGGAGUCGGGGCCUUCGGGGAGGUGACGCUGGUGAGGAAGAUCGAUACUAGUCAUCUAUAUGCCAUGAAAACGCUCAGGAAAGCUGAUGUGUUGAAGAGGAACCAAGUGGCUCACGUCAAGGCCGAGCGGGACAUCCUAGCGGAGGCCGACAACGAGUGGGUUGUGAAGUUGUACUACAGCUUUCAGGAUAAGGACAAUCUAUACUUCGUUAUGGACUAUAUACCGGGGGGCGACCUCAUGUCCUUGUUGAUUAAGUUAGGUAUCUUCGAGGAGAACCUCGCGAGGUUCUACAUCGCGGAGCUGACGUGCGCGGUGGAGAGCGUGCACAAGAUGGGCUUCAUCCACCGCGACAUCAAGCCCGACAACAUCCUCAUAGACCGCGACGGACACAUCAAGCUGACGGACUUCGGGCUCUGCACCGGCUUCAGGUGGACGCACAACUCAAAGUACUACCAGAGAAACGACCACGGCCGACAGGAUUCAAUGGAUCCCGUGGACGGCGAGUGGGGCGCUAUGGGUGAAUGUCGCUGUCACCAGCUGAAGCCUUUAGAGAGGCGGCGGAAACGGGAACACCAGCGAUGUUUGGCACACUCCCUCGUGGGGACACCAAAUUACAUAGCACCCGAAGUGUUACAGAGGACUGGGUACACUCAGCUCUGCGACUGGUGGUCAGUGGGGGUCAUAUUAUUUGAGAUGCUGGUCGGAUCUCCACCUUUUUUGGCGUCCACGCCUGCUGAAACUCAGUUAAAGGUCAUAAACUGGGAGAGCACGCUUCACAUACCUGACGCUGCGAACUUAUCCCGGGAGAGCAAGGACCUCAUACUGCAAUUAUGCUCCGGCCAGGAAACCAGGCUGGGGAAGGACGCCAACGAAGUCAAAAACCACCCCUUCCUCAAGAGCAUCGACUUCGAGAAGGGUCUGCGGAGACAAACAGCGCCCUACAUCCCUAGAAUAGACUAUCCAACAGAUACUUCCAACUUCGACCCAAUAGACCCUGAUAAGUUGAGGAAUUCCGGCUCCGAUUCAAACAAGUCGGACAGCGAGCUCGACAACGGCAAGACCUUCCACGGGUUCUUCGAGUUCACGUUCAGGAGGUUCUUUGAUGAUGGUUACACCAACAAGAUCAACUUGGACGACGACCACCAGGGACCUGUGUAUGUGUGA